GUCGCGCGCAGCCGUCAUGGCGGCCGAGGAGAAGGAUCCUUUGAGCUAUUUCGCGGCUUACGGCAGCAGCAGCUCAGGUUCCUCGGGCGAGGAGGAUAACAGCGAGCCGGAGGAAACGAAUCGCAGGACCCCAGAUCCUGCGAAGCCGGCGGGCGGCUGUGGGAACAAGGCAGAGAAGCGGCUGCCAGGACCCGACGAAUUGUUUCGGAGCGUGACCCGCCCGGCCUUUCUCUACAAUCCGCUCAACAAACAGAUAGACUGGGAGAGGCACGUCGUCAAGGCGCCUGAGGAGCCUCCAAAAGAAUUCAAAAUAUGGAAGUCAAACUAUGUACCACCUCCGGAGACCUACACUACUGAGAAGAAACCUCCCCCUCCAGAGCUGGAUAUGGCAAUAAAGUGGUCUAACAUAUAUGAGGACAAUGGUGAUGAUGCCCCACAGAAUGCUAAGAAAGCUAGGCUUCUACCAGAAGGGGAGGAGACAGUGGAAUCAGAUGAUGAAAAAGAUGAACAUACUUCUAAAAAGCGCAAAGUAGAACCAGGAGAGCCAACAAAGAAGAAAAAGUAGAAAACAACAAAUGACAAUUUCUGGACUGCGAAACUUGUUGAAACGGUUUUUUUGGGCAGAUUAAGUUGAUGUUUUAAAUUAUUGUGAAACAACAUCUCCAUGAAAGUACAUGUUAAUUAACUAAUAAUAAGUAUUGCUGUGGGAACUUUCCACUGUAGAAUUCAUUUUUUAUUUAAAACUUUAUUUAAAACUCAAGUGGUGAUUUGUGAUUGUGAAAUUGACAACACAUGGAAGCAUUCUUGCUGUCACAGAAUUAGUGACAUGCUUUGAGAGUUUUGUCACAUGUCGACAUGCCAAUGUUCUAUGAACCUUUUAUAAAGGAAUAUAUUUUUAAAUAUAUUGUAAUGUACUGUGAACUCGUAGGGUGCUUUUCAACAGUGUUUGUACAGUGUAAAUAGAUCAUGGAAAUAAAAUUACUUAUUCAGUAUUA